CUCACCUCCCCCGGCCACCCAGCUACUCCCCAGAGUUCCCAUUAGCAGGUAAUAACCCCAGCCCUGGGGUGAUGAGGAUGAAAAUGUCAGAGUGAGAGGGUUUAGGGAAAGGAGCAGUGGAGCAGUGGAAAACGAGGAGAAAUGAUGUCAGAGGAAUCGCGACCACCGAUUGGAGUGGAGAUUCCAGAAGAGAGCCUAUAAAACGGGGAAAGUCAACACCAGGAACAAGCAAAGGGAGGGAAAAGUUGGAACGUGAGAAAUUCCAGGAACUUUUCAACAUCCUCUCUCUUCUCCUGUGUGUGUGUAAAUGUGUGUUCCAGACUAUCUAAAACCAAAGGGAAGGGAUGAGGUGUGUCCGGGUCCACAUCCACCCCAUUCUCACAUUCAGGGCGGCGAGCCAUGCCGAGCUCCCAGUAUUUUCACAGAUGGAGGCUGCGUAAAGAUGCUGGGGUGUGUGCUUCUCUCGUGUCUCCUGACGGUGACUCUGUUCCACUGCAGCGUAGACAGCCUUCGCCUCACCCAGGAGAGCCCAGAGUACCUGGACCCGGUGGUUCUGGAGGAGUCAGGCCUGCAGGCCCGGUCCAGUGAGCAAAAGGCAGCAGGGGCUUUGACGGCCAAGUUACUACUACUUGACCACCUGGACCGCCUGGAGAACGAUGUCAUCGAGACCAAGAUGAAGAGGAGCUUCCCAGGGUCCAACACUCCACUGGACCGCCUCUCCAUCAGCACCAUGGACCCUAAGGGCUCCAAGCAGAGGAAAGUUGUUGAACUGCCACGGAGGCGAGUGAGUGUUCCUAUCGACCGGAUCGGAGUGGGCCGUCUACCUAGCAGCCGAGGGUAGACCCCCCCCCCCAUCCACCCAUCCCCUUACUUGGACAGGGGAUUCUACCACAGGUAGAAGACGCAUGGAAAGCACAUCAACACCCCACGACAACUCCUCUUGCCCUACCAACCCCCAUCUCACCCCAUCACCCUACAUAAGUACACCAUGGCACAAAUCACUUCCUCGUUAAAGUUCUGAUGUGAAGUAAAAUACCCUCCCCCCACCCUUUCUCCCCACUUCCUUUCCCCGUCCUCAGUGGUGAUACUGUGGGGGGAUACAGUGUGGCAAUGUCCUAAAAAGCACAUCACUAACAUAGCAACACACUUAUUUACCCAUAAUGCCUGUGGGCACUCUUGCCUUUUUUGCUCGUUUGUAGUACAUGCACACAUGGUCUGUCUGUUCACUUUGACUGAAGGCUGACUGGGUGGCAAUGGCCUUGACAUUAAAAACUGAUUAUAAGACAACAA